AUGGAAGGCCUUCUGACGAGAUCUUACCUCUUGGAUCUCGCAAUUGCUACAGUCCUCGUCUGGCUGUCUGACUACUACCUCCCGCGCAAAAUCGCACAAGUAGGGCUCACCGUCAUGGCGCUCCAUCUGCUCAAGGGGCAGGGCCUUCACUCUGAAUAUACCGAUGUCCAACUUGACCAAGACCACGUCGUCUUCCAGGGCUCGCCGCAAGAAGCCCUCGCUGUCUACCUCAGCGGCAACCUCACCUUCCGAUGCAAAGACCCUCUCACUAUUAAACACAUCCGAUUACAUCUGACCGGCGUACGGCGGGUCUCUCUGCCAGCUCGAACCGCCUGGAAGCGACAAGCGAGCGAGGAAGAGUUCUACAAGCGGACGUGGGAAUUCCACGACUCGUACCGGACAACGCCGCAGGUAUUGCCGGCUGGGGAGUACAAGCUCCCAUUCAAUGUUGUCCUUGAGGGAUCGCUGCCGGAGAGCGUGGAGGGCGUCAAGGACGCGUCUAUCGCGUAUAUGUUCACGGUCGAGAUCGGUCGGAAGCACGGCAGGGACGUGAAAUUCCAGAAGCCGUUGCGCGUUAUUCGUGUGCCUGAGAACUGCGCUCAGGAUAUGACACUGGACGAAGUAUGGGCCGAGAAGAUCGCAUAUCAGAUCCACGUCCCUAACAAGAUGGUCGCGUUCGGAACUUCGGUCGAUGUGAACCAUGCAUUUGUUCCUGCGAUGAAGGGUCUCAAGAUUGAAUACGUCGAGUCGCAGCUGCUGGAAAUCCGCGACUUCGCGUUGAACGAGGCCGAGAUGGAUACAGGGAAGAAUACCUCCUCUACAACAACCGUCCUGUCAAGCGACCGGUAUCUUCUCGAGAAUAGCCCUCCGGAGAUCGCCGUCAAAGACUGCGCCGGGUUCCAGUUCUCGCGAUCACUCCAUCUUCCACGGGUUCUGGGGCAGUGCGUGCAGGACAUCGAUGCGAAGGGGAUCCGGAUCAAGCACAAGCUCAAGAUCAACGUGCGCAUGCACAAUCCAGACGGACACGUCAGCGAGCUGCGACUGGCCAUCCCGGUGUCAAUAUACCUGUCGCCGUAUUAUCGGAUCUGGGAGGGCUCAUCGAUUGCAGGCCUUGAGACUCCUCCACCGCAGGGAGCGCUCAGUCCUAGCGACGAGGCGCCACCUGCGUAUGGAAGCCAUGAGCUGGAUCGGCUGUACAGUCCAGACUCAAACACUCAAUUGGCGACGUAA